AUGACAUACCUACUCGGACACCAGGCACAACAUUUCACUGCAAACGAACGACGCAAAUGGAAUAUUUGGUUUAAGAUAAAAACAAUAAUUAUGCAGUUUGAGCGUGUGUUACACCAAAAGUUUGCGAUCCCUGUGCACGGGUGCGUCCCCGCACAGCUCCACACACUGUGCACAACUCGAGUUGUCAACAUGGCGCCGCACUGGACAGGACUGCUCGCCUCACUGCUGCUUUGCAUAUAUGGAGCGGCGCGCGUGCGUGGCGACUGCGGCAACGCGACGCAGCUGUCGGUGCAGCUGGACACGCUGCUGGCGGAGUAUGAGCGCGAGGCGCCGCCCGCCGCCACCCUGCGCGUCACGCUGGCGCUGGACGUGCGCCACGCCACCGUCGACGACGACCGCGCCGUCAUGCGCCUGCUCGCUGACCUCAAGAUGUCGUGGCAGGAGCCGCGUGUGCAGUGGAACGCGUCGGAGUGGGGCUGCGGCAGCGUGCUGACGUCAGCGGAGCGGCUGUGGCUGCCCGACGUGGUGCUGCUCAACGCGGCCGCCUCCAGGGUGGGGGACGCUGCCACGCGCGCGCGCCUCUCCUCCACCGGCGCCGUGUCCUGGCUCACGCACCUCGACGUCACCGCGCCCCUCGACCUCGACCUCUCGGACUGGCCGCGAGACACACAGACCUGCACCUUCACCUUCGGCUCCAGAACCUACAACAAUGAAGAGUUGAUACUAGAUAUCAGUGAAUUUAAACACGCCGUAGUGUUCGAGACGGGGGCGUGGGAGAUGCAGUCGGUGGCGAGCGACGCGAUGACGUGGCAGCGUGGGCCCGAGGAGGUGAGCGUGGCGACGUGGAAGGUGCGCGUGUCGCGGCGCGCGGCGGCACAGUCGCUGGGCGCGGGCGCGGUGCUGGCGGCCGGCGCGCUGCUGCUGGGCGCGGCGGCCGCGCUGCCACCGCACCAACGUGCGCCGCUCGCUGCCUGCGCCUCCUUCACCGCCGCACUCUGGCUGGUGUCGGCGCUGGUGCGCCUGCCGGGCGGGCAGGGCACGCCGCGCGCGCUGCGUGCGAUGUGCGCGCAGUGUGUGUGCGGCGCGCUGAGCGGUGCGUGCGCGGCGCUGGUGGUGCGGCUGGCGCGGUGCUCGCUGACGCCGCCGCAUGCGCUGCGCUCGCUGCUCUCGUCUCUCUCCACGCUGUGCAAACUGACGCCGUCACCUGAGUCGUGCAUGUCAUCGGAGAGCGGCACGUGGGCGGCGGCGGCCGUGCUGCUGGACCGCGCGCUGUCCGCCAUCAUACUGCUCGUGCUGCUCAUACUCAUCAUCGUACAGCUGUCCUAG